UGAGGUCUGUUUUAGAAGGAAAAUGGCAGCCUCUUUUUACAUUUUCUUAUCAUUUCCCUUUGACUGCGCUGUUGGAUCACAUUUAAAUGACUAGCUAGUAGCUACAACAACAUGUAUCAUCCUAGCUAGAUACAAUGUAGCAAGAGAAUCUCUGUCAAUGUCCAGCUAAACUGUAACUGCUAACGGUUCAGUCAUAGAUUGGUCGUUGAUGGUGAGUGUGAGCUGACCAGUAUGAUCGUCUCUGUAAAGAAAUAAUUUAAUUGUACGUACCCUUAUUAGUAAGAUUAUAUGCAAUGAGCUGAUUUGUUAACGAGCUAUGUUUUAGCUAUCUGUAGCAGAUAUUAAGAAAAUAUUUGUUGUUUUGCUAUCUAGAUAGAUAGUUAGCUAUCAGUUUUUACUGCGUUCUAUCCUAGCUAAUAUCUAACGUUAGCACUAGCUAGCUAGCACGUAACGUUAGGAGCUAGCCAGUCUAGCUUUACUUUCGUUUUUGUUCUGAUUCUGUCUUGUAUUGUGUAGCCGCAACACCAAAUUUACAAAUCUAGUGAAAUGUAUUUGUUUAUUUGUUUCAACAGCUAACCAAAACAAUACCAGGCACCUCUGCCAACUAUUCGCGAAGAAGAGGUCUUAACUGAGUGUCGGUGCUCCUUUGUAAGUGUUGAUAGUCUCACUCAGGGGCUUUUCUUGGGUUUUGUCCAACAAAUGGAUAAUCUCUUGUCUCAUCACUUAUUUGUAUUUGUUUGAAUGAAUUUUUAAAUCGCUAUGUGUGUAUUUCCUGUUUUCAGCUGUGUUUUCCCCCCAUAACUGUGCCAUGUAGAAGGCAGUGAUUCACCCUUAAAUUUUUGCAAAUGAAAAUGGAGGAUAUGUCUCUGUCGGGCCUGGACAACACCAAGCUAGAGGUGAGUAGUGGACUACACUUUUACCAUCCUAGCAUGGUUGGUAGUUGUUGUCCUACUUUAAAACAGGAAGUUGCUCAUGUAGUUUGUUUUUGUUGCCCUCCACAGGCCUUGGCUCAGGACAUCUACUCGGACCUGGUGGAGGACGCCUGUUUGGGCCUGUGUUUCGAAGUGCAUCGUGCUGUCAAACAGGGCUACUUCUUCCUGGAUGACACUGACCAAGAGAGCAUGAAGGACUUCGGUUAGUACCAGAGAGUGCUUCCUCCUGGGUCUGGUUAUCUGGUUCAUCUCUCUGCCUUUCUUUUGUUAGUUUAUCUUUCAUGUAUGUUCUCGCCUUGCUCCGUAGAAAUCGUUGACCAACCAGGAGUGGAUAUUUUCGGGCAAGUAUACAAUCAGUGGAAGAACAAGGAGUGUGUGUGUCCCAACUGCAACCGGAGCAUUGCUGCGUCCCGCUUUGCCCCUCAUCUAGAGAAAUGCCUGGGCAUGGGGCGCAACAGCAGCCGCAUCGCCAACCGCAGGUCAGCAAGGGGCACUGGACAUGGACAGUGGACACUACACUACAAUGUAACAUAUAGAAAACAAACCAAUACAGUCCGCAAGUGAGUUGGCAAUUCUGAUCAUUUUCUUGAUAUUGGUCUACAGAAUAGCAAGCAGUAACAACAUGAACAACAAAUCGGAGAGUGAUCAGGAAGACAAUGAUGACGUCAAUGACAAUGACUGGUCAUAUGGCUCAGAAAAAAAAGGUGAGAAUUAAACAAGUGUCAAACACUGUCUGAAUGUUGUCAGUAUUAAAGGCACGUUUAAAAAUAAAUAAAUGUAUGUGACUUUAGCUGAACAAACACAUCUAUGCUUGUCUUACACCCCUCUAUUUUCCCUCUACAGCUAAGAAGAGAAAGUCAGAUAAGGUAUUUUUACAUUCUUUGAAACAACAUGUACCUUUGGUAAGUUUCAUUGCUGUUGAGAUAUUUAUUCAUGUUUUGUAUGUCGUGUUUUUGUCCACAUGUAAUUACAAGGGAGCCAAUAGCUAAAAAAUAACCUUAAGGAUUUCUGGUAUUCCUUUGUCCUUUCUACCUUUGUGCUAGGGCCGGGACUAUACCAGUAUCGCGUUAAUCGUUAGUAUCGUGGCAAGGAAACAAAACACAAAGCGGAUUUAACUUAUUUAGGAAAACAGCCCUAAUGUUGGAAACAAACAUUAAGUUGUCAACCAGUCACAUUUAUUUAUUUUACAAGCUAUAGCGCACAUUUUACAAACAGCAGCUUUUUAAAGGACCAAAAGGUUUGGUCUGCUUCAUGUUUUAAUUUUUCCCAUAGAAAGAAUAUUGCCAUACUGGUAUGGUCACAGCCCUACUUUCUGCUUACAAGCAUGGCAAGGAUGAACUUUUUUUGAUUUUUGCAAAUUAAAUUGGAUCAAGGGGUGUGUGCUUCACUUUUCCUGUUGCAUGCCUCACUAGUUGUUUGUGAUAUGUUAAUCUAGAUCAGUGUUUAUCUAAAUUGACAGUUCUUCUCUUUUGUGUAUUAUUUAUUUAGAAUCCAAAUUCACCCAGAAGAUCUAAAUCUCUAAAGCAUAAAAAUGGUGAGUAUACCUCUUUGAACCCAUGUAAGAUGCAGGUGAAGUGACAAACUAUAAGCUAUGUGUCAUCUAAAAUUCCUGAAUCCUGACUGCAUAAUGCAUUUCCCACCUGGAAUGGAAAGAUUUGCCAAUUGAAACACAUGAUUAGAAUGGCAUUUUUCUUUUUUAAUCUUGAAGUGGCAAUCAGCAGUUAAAACAAUAAAAGUGUGCUCCCCGCCCCUUUUUCUGUAAAAAGCUGAGGGAUUGUGGUAGACAUUUUUUGACACUCAAAUUAAUAGACCGUGCUAUGGAUGCAAGGACUGACCAUCCAUGAUAUCAAAGUUAUAGUUUUAACCAUGUUUUGAGGCUAUAUAGUGUUUGUUUACUUUGUUUACAAACAUUGGAGUACAACAAGCUUAUAUGUUGGGUUCUGAUGGGGUGCGACAGUUUAACUAUUUCUAAGUUAAAUUCUUCAAGAAUCAAUGGGUACAUAUCAUUAAUUUAUAAAUCAUAAAAUGGAUGUAGCAACUGCAGAUUGCCUCUUUAAAUGUCAUUUGUCAAUAUCAGUUCUCAAUCAGCUUUUAUUUUACUAAAAUUCAAACUGAUAUUCAUACUAAAUUACAUACAUUUCUGUUUAUAUAAUGCAUUCUGAUGUACAGAAUAUUAUAUGUAUAUGGUCUCAUGGUGUUUUGUUGUUUGUUGGGAGCUAGAAUGUUCUAGUGUUCAGACUCUCUGUACCCUUGAAAUGGAAGUGUGUAGGUGAAGUAGAACAUAGAGCCCACUCCUGAAUACACCCAAUUUAUAGCCCUACUUUGUGUGUGUUUGUGUGCGCGAAAGUAGUUGGCUGAAUGGUUGGGGAUGUUUUACACUCUGGUCGUUUCAGCAUUGCUGGGACCAAAGCCUUGUGUUGCAGAUCAGGAAGCUCCAUGCGUGCUGUUGAGAGAUGAUGCACUUCCUCAGUGAUCGGAAGGGGCUGAUGACUGCCAGGCCAGCUCUAUAAUGCCCUGCCCCACUUCAAUCUAGGGUCAAAGGUCAACACAAGAAGAAUCUGGGAAAGAACCCUGCCGUUUUUAGGGAUAGUAUAUCAGGAAAAGAGUGCCUGGAGUUUGAACUUUCAUUCCUAAGGAAAGGAAAUUAACCUUAACAGAGACCCAAGGUAUCUCCCAAAUCCUCUAUUGAAAACUGUUCAUGCAGCCUUCUGGAUUCUUCUGGAUAGAUGGCCAUUGAAAGAGUCUGCCGCUUAAGUCCAGGUCAAAUGCACAAUGUUAGCAGACUACAGACGUAGUACAGUAUGAAAAGGAUCAGAAGCAGCAUUGAAGAGGAGGAAAAGCCAUUAAGAUAAAUGGCGAAGGCCGACUUCGUGCUCCACAAUCUCCUGUUUACUUGAUGAUUUUAAUUUGACAUUGAUCAUGGUGCAAAGCUAAUGAGCUCAGAAUGACAUACAGGAAGCUGACAAUUGUGUGCAAUAAAUCACAGUUCAGCUUCUAGUUUUCAGUUCUGUGCAUGUAAUAUAUCAUUUAUUUUAUGUAUUGUUUAACUUGUUCAGCACUUGAGUGAAAAUAUCAUGUCAGAUGAUAGUCUGGUCCCAGUAAUGAUACAGACUACAGUCAUGUCUCUAAAGCAGACCAGCUGCUUAUCACUUAGUUUCUCAGGUGCCUCAACAAGUCCUCUUGUGCGUUAUCCUAUCCAUUAUCUACUUGACAUAUUCAUGCUUUUGUUUGCAUUUAUUUUAAUUUUUGUCGUUUUGUAUCAUGUCUUCAUUGAUUCUUGAUUUCCUGAUUGUCCAUGAUUCUUAAAAAGGAGCUGAAAUGAAACGGUUGCUGCUAUCUUUUAUGGAGGGUCAAGGAUGUUCCAAUGUAAUAAAUGACCUGAACUCAAACCACCCCAGUUUGAUUGACCUGUCAUUUGUGGCUUUGGUCCUUAAAGUGCUGCUCAAUUUCAAUCGCAUACAGAUGGAUUAAACCAUUAACAUAUAUUUUGCCUUAUGCUUAUGCAUAAAUAUGCAUGCUAUGGAAGCAUGUACAUUAUGAUCAAUUAUGUACUCUUACCACACUGGUCAAUAGCUGGAGAGAACUUUGCUUUAUCCUAUCAUAAAGUGUCAAUUUACAUAGUAUGUUUUCUCAGGCAUAGGAAUCAAUAGUUUGCUGUGUAAUAUUGUUUUUUUUCCCACAGAGCUCAGAUUGUGGAUAUUUCACUAAAUGUAAUCACUGCUAUAUUUCAUGGUUGGUGGUGGUUGUGUGCAUCAUCUGUGUCUUUGGGAGUCAGUGGCAAGUAGACUGAUAGAUCAUGUGCUGUUCUCUUUUUCAGGGGAGCUUAGUAGUAGUGUCAAUGCAGAUCCAUACAAGGUAACCAGAAUCAAUUGGUUCACAUUUGCUGUUAUACUACAUAUCUAUUAAAGUGUGUUGAUGUCUGUUAUCAUUCUCUCUCCCUCACUGCAGUACAACUAUAACACUGGCAUCAAUUACGAAACUUUAGGCCCUGACGAACUGAGGUCUCUGUUGACAACAGUGAGUCAUUUUCAUUUAUCCAUUCUACCAUCCAUCCACAAGUCUAACUGUAUAUCUGAUCAUAUCUAAAAUCUCUAGACAUUUAUCAGGAGUGUGUAUGACUGGCUUGUCUCUCUAACUAUACUGCCCCCUGUCUGCAGCAAUGUGGAGUGAUCUCGGAGCACACCAAGAAGAUGUGCACCAGGUAAGGAUUACGCCAGACACAGCACAUGCACCCUUUCUAAUACAGUCUUGUCAUUUCCACCUAAUGUACUGUCAGAUACACAGAGUAAACACGUGCACACACAUACCUUUAUCACACAAACUCAUUAAUACUUUUGGUUUCUCAAGUGCUGGCACCAGAUGUUAGCUUGAGUCAAAGUUGCUGAUUAUGAUCAAGAUGAGCCAUUCAGGGUUGUUACUGUGCCAGACAGACAUCUCCCUGGAAGUUUGAUGUCAAUGUACAUCCUGUGUCCAUCCCUCAGCCUGUCCCUUAGUAUGGACCUUGCUAGGUUCUCAGAGGUGUUUGUUAAGCUAGUUAGUUAGGAAGGUCUUCCGUGACAUGAAUGACGUGUGUUCCAGACAAAUGGUAAACCUGUGGCCCAACUCCGUUAUGGAGGCCGCCAACAGACACUCAUGGUUAUUGUUCUGCAUGUUGUUUCUGUGGGAUCUUUAAACAUGAUCAGUUUCAUUGGUGUGUUGUGAUCAUGUGUAGUUGGGACUGACUUUUGGGGUACACAAGUGGCAACUCUAUAUGAUUCUCAAUUAUUUUCCAUUUCCUUUAUAACAUAUUAGAUGAUUGGUGUCAGUUAUUGGCCUUUUUUUUCUUAUCAGAAAUGUAUACUGAACAAAAAUAUAAACGCAACAUGUAAAGUGUUGGUCCCAUUUUUCAUGAGCUGAAAUAAAAUAUCCUAGAAAUUUUCCAUACUCACAAAAAGCUUAUUUCUCUAAAAUGUUGGGUACAAAUUUGUUUACAUCCCUGUUAGUAUUUCUCCUUUGCCAAGAUAAUCUAUCCACCUGCCAUGUGUGGCAUAUCAAGAAGUUGAUUAAACAGCAUGAUCAUUACACAGGUGCACCUUGUACUGGGGACAAUAAAAGGCCACUCUACAAUGUGCAGUUUUGUCACACAACACAAUGCCACAGAUGUCUCAAGUUUUGAGGGAGCGUGCAAUUGGGAUGCUGACUGCAGGAAUGUCCAACAGUGCUGUUGCCAGAGAAUUUGUUUAUUUCUCUACUAUAAGCUGCCUCCAACGUCAUUUUAGAGAAUUUGGCAGUACAUCCAACCGGCCUCACAACCGCAGACCACGUGUAACCACGCCAGCCCAGGACCUCCACAUCCGGCUUCUUCACCUGCAGGAUCGUCUGAGGAGUAGUGGGGAGGGGGAGUGGACCUGGCUCCCAAGUGGGUGGGCCUAUGCCCUCCCAAGCCCACCCAUGGCUGCACCCCUGCCCAGUCAUGUGAAAUCCAUAGAUUAUGGCCUAAUGAAUUUAUUUCAAUUGACUGAUUUCCUUCGAUGAACUGUAACUCAGUAAAAUCUUUGAAAUUGUUGCAUGUUGCGUUUAUUUUUGUUCAGUAAAAUACCAAAUUGUGUUAAGAACUCAGUGAAACAAUUCAUCUUUGAUUGGACUAAAACAGAUAUUUUCCAAUUGGACUAUGUAAGACCCUGAUUGGACACUGCCUGCCUUACGUGGUGAGAGAGUAACUGGACACGGUCAGUGAGCAAACAUUAACCUCUAACCUCCAAACUCUUGACACUUCAUCUGAUUGGUCACUGGCGAUGUCUGUUUCUGUCUCUCUCCCACUCUUGUCUCUGCCGUGGCCCUGGGUAGGCGGGGCCGCUGUGCAUUGUGGGCAGGUGUUUCUCAGGGAUUUGUAAUGCCACGUUGUGUCCCUGCCAGGUCCCAGCGGUGCCCCCAGCACACGGACGAACAGAGGAGGGCCGUCAGGGUGUUCCUCCUGGGGCCGUCCGCGUGAGUGUGCCCCUCCCCCUCCCCUCAGACCGCCAAUGGCUCUGACUGGUUUAUUCCUAGAACUGAUAUAUUGAUUGGUGCAUGUGGUGUCCCUAAAUGUAGAGGUGUUUGCUUGACUUGUUGUAUUGAAUGACUGAAUUUAUUGUGGAUGUUUUGUGCCAGUUAGAUGGACAGGCCUUAUCUAUGAGAGUGGACUAUGUUAGUUAGCUACUGUAUGAGCACUCAUGGCCAACUGUAUGGCCCGUGUAGCUCAGUUGGUAGAGCAUGGAGCUUGCAACGCCAGGGUUGUGGGUUCGAUUCCCAUGGGGGGCCAGUAUGAAAAAAUGUAUGCACUCACUAACUGUACGUCGCUCUGGAUAAGAGCGUCUGCUAAAUGACCCCCCCCAAAAAAAAAGUUGACUACAGUAAGUGUGCUGUAUGGUAGAUUGAAUGGCUCCACCAUGUGUACUGCUGCUGUCUGUGUGGCCAGUCUGAUCUGGUCUGAUCUGAGCGGCUGUUGUCUCUGUCAGGUUGUCUCUGCCCGAUGCAGACACGAUGGUGGAGAGUGACUGCUACGACGCCUCAGACGGACAGGUUCUCAUGAGUCGCCUACAGUGGGACGGAUCCUCAGACAUCUCCCCCUCCGAUUCAGCCUCCUCCAAAGCUAGUAAGACAACCGAAUUCAGGUCCACAUUCUGUACGUUCAUUACAGUGGAAGUCGGUCUCAUCUCAUCCCCCACCUCUCGAUCUCUCCCAGGCACCAACAACUCAGACUCCAAGAAGCCCAAGAAGAAGAAGAAGACGUCUCUUGGCCUAAACAGCACAGGAGGAGGAGGAGGGGGCGGCAGUGGGAGUGGAGGGGGCGGCAGCUCCCAGAGUAGUCUAGUAGGCCUAUCCAACAGAAAGAAGAAGCCCAAGCUUCCUGUUCCCCCUGCCCCCAGUAUCUAUGACAACCUCAACUAGGGUAGUCCUAGUCUGCCCCCCCCCCCACACCAUACCCAGGAAGGUGACUGGAUGGUGACAUGGACUUCUGAGCCAAACUUCAUCCAGUUACCCAGCUCCCCCAGCCUGUCAAGUCAUGGUCUCCUACCUAACAGAGGUACAGAUACACCUGUCGUCUUAGAAACAAAGAUGAUAACCCAUUAACUCACAUCCACUCACUCACACAUUAAUACCAGCUCUGAUUAGCCCAGGGGUUGUAACUUCUCUUUACACAUAACUGGACACAGCACCCCUUAAUUUGAACGCCAUUCUUAUUUGUUUGUUGUUGAAGACAAUGUUUUGCAAUUCCAGUUAUAAAGACACAUGGGUCGUUGAGUGUUCACUAUGUUUUUGUUAAUCAGUGAUUUAGGCUUCAGACAUGGACCAAUCACACUGCUUUUUUGCACUCUGAUCUGUUUUCUCCUGAAAACAGAAAACAUUUACUUUAUUUUUGACUCUGUCUCUGUUUAGGAGGGGACUUGUGGACUAAUUGCAUCACCUUACUACUACAGCGUUGUUAUUGUGGUGGGGAUGUCAGUGCCAUCUUGUGGUUUCAUCCAAUAUUGGGGUACUUGAUGGUGGCUUUAUCCGUAAUAGCAUUGUAUUGCACAGUGGUGUAUGUGUGCGUGCAUGUGUUUACGAAUGUUUGUUGUGUAAAGUUGACUGUUUUCCAUGUUGUGGGCGUGCGUGAUUUCAUUUGUUUUCAGAUAACUAUGCAUCUCUGAAUGUGACAUUGUGGUUGAGUCAGUGUAUGUGUCAUUUUGAAUAUUUAACGUUUUUGGUUUACAUUGACUGUGUCAGGUGAGAAUGUGUAUUUAAUGUCUGACAUGUAUCAUUGAGUGAGCCAGUGUGUUUUUGUAUACCUAUACAUGUGGUAUGAUGACUUAUGUAAAAUAAUCAUGAUUUAAUUGGAUACUGUAUACAUACACGGUAAUCUCUACCUUACACAGCUUCAUGCUAAACAGUGCUUCUUCCCUGUCUAUCUUUACUGUUUCAUACUCAGACUGAAGUUUCUCCUACCUGCUUCUGCUACAAAUCACAAUAUCAUUCUAAAAGUUGUAGAUCUCACAUUGCUUCCUGUUGAAUAAUGCUAUAGUAUAGUGGAGUCAACCUGCUUUUUGCUCAAUAAUACUCUAGGUCAAUCUGCAUCACUUGACUUGCUUUCAAAGUCUUUAACUGUCUCUGCUUACGUGCAUUGUGUAUGCGCUUGUAGGAAUUCAAAUCCGCCGCCACUUGAAACAGAAGUGCCGUUGCAUGGGAUGUUUGUCACUUAUUCUUGCCAUUUUCAGUUUCAUUCUAGCUAACGAGUUUGAUAUACAUUAUUAUUCAUACCUGUUUGAGAAGCCCACCAUACUAUACUUGCUAGGGAGAAUCUUAUAUACCUUUAGUUUUCAUUUAUAACAUUCAGCCAGUGAUAAAGUAUGGCAUCACUUUAAUGUGCACUAAAAGAGAAUCAACCUUCUCAAGUGAAAACACAUUUUGUGUAUGACUCAUUUCAUUUGUCCUUUACUGACGGGGUAAUGAAUGGCCUGUGUUACUAAUGCUGCGUAACUGUUUGUGUGUAUCAGCGUGUCUGAACAAUAUUUGAGUGUGGACAAAUGACGCAAUAGAAAAAGUGACUUCAAAAAAACGUUUUUCAAGCACGUGUGUGUGCAUGUGCAAAUAAGUCAAUUGUAUAUUGUGAGGCACAGCUAGGUUUUCUUUGUAUCCCAGUUUCCCAUGUGUACUGAGGUUUCUUUGUCUGAGUAAAAUGAAGUGUCAUUCAGAUUUCUUGCGUUCUGUCAUUUUGUCCAAUAUCAGACAUACUCCCUCUUUACACAGGGACCGAUUUGGUUCAAAUGUCUUUAAUCUGAAUCACAGCACUGAAGCCAGAGGAAAACAAUCAAACUUAAGGGGUAAAUAGAUUUUCCAUCUCGUGUCAAAUUCCCCCACAAAAAUCCUGAAGUGUCCGAUACGGUUUCAUCCCAUUCAUCUAUGUACAGUAAAUACAUAUUUACAGUAUUUUCAAAAGCUUUAACAUGUUGCUUAUUUUCAUGCAUUAACUUAUCUUAAUUAGGGUUAAUUUAAACAAUAUAUCAGCGUAGAGUAAUUCAAGCAACAACAAUCCUUACAAAAUGUUUUGCCUUAAGGCAGUCAUUACAGUCCACAAUAACUAAGGUGAAAGCUCAUUCCCAAAGAACUGGAAAGAAAGUAGAAAUAUAACCAGCACUCAGUACAUAGCGAGUGGUUUCAAAGUUGCUCUAGAGUCAAGUCUUCAGUCAUUUUGUUUCCGUUGCAAAAGAGGAAAUGGUUUGCUCGUUCAAACACGUACUACAAAAAGACAAAACAUUUCUGGAACAUUAACACGUAUGAAAUGAAAAGAGUAUGUGGCCAUGUGAAGAACUGCAUUAUCCUAGGUCUAGAUUCAAUCAGAUCAAGCGUUAACAGGCGAUAGCUGACACCCGCAUAGC